GCAUGGAGCCGCCGCCGCCUCUGGAGCAGCCGCCGCGCCCGCGCUCCCACACCGUGACCACCACCAGCAGCUCCUUCACCGCCAACCUGUCGGCCAGCUCCAGCACCCUCGCCUACGACAGGGAGUUCCUGCGGACCCCGCCCGGGCUCCUCAUGGUGGCCGAGAUAAUAUUAGGGCUGCUGGUGUGGACUCUGAUCGCUGGAACAGAAUACUUCCUAUAUCCAGCCUUUGGCUGGGUGAUGUUUGUAGCUGUGUUUUACUGGGUCCUCACUGUCUUCUUUCUGAUCAUCUACAUGACCAUGACCUACACCAGGAUCCCCCAGGUGCCAUGGACCACAGUGGUAAAUACAUCUGCUCAUUGUUGUUUUGGAUUUGCUGGGUUGUGAAGAGAUUAAAAUACUGAUGCAUUCUACAGCUGCAGUUACCCAAUCGUACUGGUGCUUUUUGCAGUUGUUUCCCCUAAUUUCUGUCUCUGCAUCCCUGCAGUGUUUAACCUUCAUUCUACUCAGACAGUGCUACCCUUUUAAAGUACUUUUCUUGUGAUGUUUCACUGUUUUGUUCAUCGAUCAAUUUAGUGACUUGAUUUUUAAUAAUGUGUGUGUGACUCAUAUUUAUGCACAGUGGCCCAUUUUUCACCCUUUAGUGAUUACAUCCCAUGAAGAAUGAAUCUGUCGCUGCAUUUGAGCUAACAGAUUUAGUUGUAUGGCUUAAACAGUGGGAAUCCCUGCAGGAAUCAACACCAUGAGUUGGAAAUGGUACCAUGGAUCUUAAAGCAUGAGUCUUCCUCU